AUGAUCACUGGCAUCGCCCACGUUAAUCUCGCAGUGCCACCUGGUACACUGGAUCAAGCCGAGGAGUUCUAUGCGGGGACUCUCGGAUUAACCUCGACUCCGGUCCCAGUUGCUCAGGAGGGCACUAUCAAAUGGUUUAAUAUUGGCUCGAGUGGACAGCAAAUUCAUAUCAGUCAUGGGACAACGGAUCCCGUACACAGACGCCACCCCUGCUUUCACAUCCCAUCGCGCGAGGAACUAGAGAAAUUGAAGCAGUUGGUGUACGAUCAUCACAUCCGAGGAGGUCCAGCUGCACCUAUGGAAAGUGAUAAGCCAGGCGAGGUCAAUUCCGGUGCUAAAGGAGUGGAAUACCGCCCUCGGUUUUUUGCGCGAGACUUCUCGGGUAAUCUAUUGGAAUUCUCGACUUAA